AUGUCUCGGGAGGAUGAUAUGGAGGUGGAACGAUUUCGUACGGUAGUUUCUGAUCAAUUGCUAGGCCAGCUCAAGGAGGCGAAGGAUGAUCGACAAGAAAUUCUUCGUGAACUCCAAGAAUAUGCAGCACUACUGGUUGUCAUACAUAACAUGCAGAACAACAAGGCCGACAAAAUCAAUAUCAGAGCAUCACUUGGACAUCAAGUGUUCGUGAAUGCUGAACUUGACAAGCGAGACACGAUCAUCGUCAAACUCUGUGGUGACUUAUUUGCUGAAUUGAAGCUUGAACGCGCCGAGAUAUUUGUCACGGAGAAAUUAGAUGUCCUGAGAAAAAGAGCUGAUUUCUGCCUCGAACUAGUGAGCAAAAUUGAAGCAACGAUGAAUUUCAUUAUGGCUGCAGUAGCGUUUUUAGCUGUGCAAAAUAUGGCUCCUGGGAACCAUGUCAAGGAAUCUGCCGUUCGUUCGCUCAUAACAAUUGGAUGUCGUGAUAAUGCCAAACCAAAAUCCAUCGAUCCUAAGGCAAUACGAUUGCUGACAGCUUUGACGAACGCGCUCACUACGGUAAUUGCUUCUGCCCUUGAGAAAAAAUGUGUUAGGUUGAAACCGAUGACAUCAUUUUUUUGUCGCUAG